AUGUUAAUUUCAAAGAUGGCGGCGGAGGGAGGAGGGAAGGAGAUGAACGAAAUCAAAACUCAGUUCACUACCCGGGAAGGCGUCUACAAACUCCUCACUCACUCCGAAUACAGCCGUCCGAACAGAGUGCCUUUCAACGCGCAGGGCUCCAUCCCGGUCAAGGUCUCCUUCGUCAACGUCAACGAUCAGUCUGGCAACGGCGACAGGAUCUGUUUCAAUGUGGGCCGUGAGCUCUACUUCUACAUCUACAAAGGCGUCCGAAAGGCCGCCGACCUGAGCAAGCCCAUAGAAAAGCGCAUCUACAAGGGAACACAGCCCACUUGUCAUGACUUCAAUCACCUCACCGCCACGGCUGAGAGCGUUUCGCUGCUGGUGGGUUUUUCCGGUGGACAAUUGCAGCUCAUCGACCCUAUCAAGAAGGAGACGAGCAAGCUCUUCAAUGAGGAGAGACUAAUAGACAAGUCCAGGGUGACGUGCGUGAAGUGGGUCCCCGGUUCGGAGAGCCUCUUCCUUGUGUCGCACGCCAGCGGGAACAUGUACUUGUACAACAUGGAGCACACGUGCGGCACCACGGCGCCCCACUACCAGCUUCUCAAGCAGGGCGACAACUACUCUGUGCACACCUGCAAGAGCAAAUCCACGCGGAACCCGCUUCUCAAAUGGACGGUGGGCGAAGGCGCCCUCAAUGAGUUUGCCUUCUCCCCGGACGGCAAGUUUCUGGCGUGCGUGAGCCAGGACGGCUUCCUGCGCGUGUUCAACUUCGACGCCGUGGAACUCCACGGCACCAUGAAGAGCUACUUCGGCGGCCUGUUGUGCGUGUGCUGGAGCCCCGACGGCAAGUACAUCGUGGCAGGAGGCGAGGACGACUUAGUCACCGUCUGGUCUUUUCUGGACUGCCGGGUGAUCGCUCGUGGCCACGGCCAUAAGUCAUGGGUAAGCGUGGUGGCCUUCGACCACUACACCACCAGCGUGGAGGAGAGCGACCCGUUGGAUUUUAGCGGCAGCGACGAGGACUUCCAGGAGCAGGUGGUCAAUUCGGGGCGGGACCGCGCGAACAGCACGCAGUCGCGCCUCUCCAAGCGCAACUCCACAGAGAGCCGGCCCGUCAGCGUCACGUACCGAUUCGGCUCGGUGGGUCAGGACACUCAGCUGUGCCUGUGGGACCUCACCGAGGACAUCCUCUUCCCGCACCUACCGCUCUCACGGACGCGGACGCACACCAACGUCAUGAACGCGACCGUCCCGGCGACCGUCCUCACUCCGAGCACGACCGCCACUAACGGAAGCACCUGCGGAACCAACACUCCCGGCGUGAACUCCGUUUCCACGACACUACCGCGUUCUAACAGCCUACCCCAUUCCACCGCGUGCACCACCAGCACGACGACAACCACGACGAAUAACUCUAACAAACCCGGCGGCGGCAUCAUGGACAGCGCCGUCGCCACGGGCGUCAGCAAGUUCGCCACGCUGUCGCUGCACGAGCGCAAGGAGCGCCACCACGAGAAGGACCAUAAGCGCAACCACAGCAUGGGGCACAUCAGCAGCAAAAGCAGCGACAAGCUCAACGUGCUGACCAAGAGCAAGGCGGACGCCGCCAAGACUCUGGGCACGCCGCUGUGCCCGCGCAUGGAGGACGUGCCGCUGCUCGAGCCGCUCAUCUGUAAAAAGAUAGCGCACGAAAGGCUGACUGUGCUCAUAUUUUUAGAGGACUGCUUAGUGACUGCUUGUCAGGAGGGAUUUAUUUGCACAUGGGCCAGGCCGGGCAAAGUGGGUUUAUUGUCCUCCCCAAAGCAAGCCAGCUGUCCUAAUGGAACAAUAGUAUAG